AUGUCCGCGACAAUGACAGAAGUCGCCCCAGCGACAACCCAGCUUGAACUGAUGACAGCCUAUGGACCUGUAUUCCGCACCGUGUCCACCUCCGCUCCUCGAGACAGCCUACCGGACGAGAUCCCCGUGAUUGACAUCAGCACCAUCUACGACGGCCCCGAAGCUCGACGGGCACUUGCAGUCAAGUUCAAAGCCGCCGCCGAGAACAUUGGCUUCUUCUACAUCCAGAACCACGGCAUCGGCGAGCAAAUCGUCAGCAACGCGGCGAAGCAGGCUUGGAGGUUCUUCCGUCAACCCGCGGACGCAAAAUCAAAGGUCUCCAAGACCCAAUCCAAGUACUACAACGGCUGGAGCUCCGUCGGCUCCGGCAAGAUCUCCCCCUCCGAGUCCCGCGACAAGAAGGAAGGCUUCCAAUGGAAGUACGAGCCGAGCAUCGACCCGGACACCAAAGACCCAAGCCAGGUCCCCGAGGAGGUGAAACGCUGGAUCCGCGCCGAGGACUUCGUCUGGACCGGUACCGCGCACCUCCCCGACUUCCAGAAGGAGGUAUUGGAGUACUGGAAGGCAACCCUGACGCUCGCGCGGCAGAUGAUGAAGGUCUUCGCCCUCUGCCUGGACCUGCCGGAAACCUACUUCCAAGCGCUGACCAGCUACCCGGGCGCCGACGGCGUCUUCAACUACUACCCGGGCCUGACACCGGAGCUCGCACGCGAAGACGCGGGCCCCAUCGACGUCGGACUGGGGGCGCACACGGACCUGCAGUGCCUGACGCUGCUGUGGCAGGACCAGGUCGGCGGCCUGCAAGUCCUCAACACGCGCGGCGAGUGGAUCAAGGCGCAGCCUAUCCCGGGCACCUUUGUCGUCAACAUCGGCGAUUUCCUCAUGCGCAUGUCCAACGGCCGGCUGAAGUCGACGGUGCACCGCGUGUACAACCGCACGACGCAGGAUCGGCUCAGCAUGCCGUUCUUUCUGGGGUUCAACUUCAACGAGACGUGCUCGGUGCUGCCGACGUGUACGGAUGAGGAUAAUCCGCCCCAGUAUGAGCCUAUUUCCUGUGGCGAGGUGAGUUCCCAUAGCCACCAGCUUUGA